AUGAAGCGUGCGCUCGCUAGCCUUGACCCAGAUGAGCUUGCAGACGACAGCGUACAUGUCUCCAAGCGCUGGAAGCCGCACAAUACCGACGAGUGUGCAUUCAAACGUCGCAGGUUGGAUACGCCGCCACUUACACAAGAGACACUUGACAAGCUCCACUGUACCUCAGACUCGCUAGGGGAGUUGGAAGCUGGCUGCGCUCAGUCCAUUCAGCAGUGGGCCGCUGAGUGUGAAAACGGCGAGCUCGAGAUGCCUCUCUCACCAGCACCCAGCGUCACGCCCUCAAGGGAUAGUCGACGAAGAAUAGCAAAACAGGUUCAACGACAGCGCUCCUCGAGUCCGGUCAAAAAAGCAAACAGCCCGCAAUACCGGGCGAUGAACAUGGCGGAUGCGAACGUGUUCGUGGACCACUUCCCUGAAGCUCCUGCAAAGGUCGAGGAACAAAUUGAACGCGUCUUUGGCGGGAACGCAUGGGCAGCCAGCCAGCGGACGGCAAUUGAAGAGCUGGCGAGGCAUUAUUGCCAGGAAUCGAGAGUGUUGGCAAAGAAAUGCGCCGGGGAGAAUGAGUGGAGGAGUCACUUGUUUCUGGGCUUGCUACAGCCACUUAACAGACUUGAACCAGAGGUUCUGAUGCUUAGUGCAUCUGAGAAACCAUGGAUACCGGAACUCAAACCAACAGCACCGUCACCUUAUGAUUUCAUUCCUCGACAUACACCCCUCAUCCUUCAACAGGGCGUAGCGCAAAUUUCAAACCAUGCCGACACCAACUUAGCCACACCCCAGACUCAGCGGACCGGCUCAGUCCUCUCAAACACUCCCAUAUUCAGCAUGCCCUCCACUGCUCCCAGCGAUACCUCCGAGAGUCCGAACAGUCUCUCGACACCAAAACCAGAUAUUACUCUCGGCCUAGCGCACACAUCCUUCACCCCUAUGCAAAAAACCGUCUUGAUGCUGCUGCAAGACGACUGCCGCGUCCUGAGCGAACCACACCAAGCACAAAUCGGUCUGCGCUUCCCCUUCCUUGUUAUUGAGAGUAAAGGCGGCGCAGCAGGCGGGAAUCUGAUUGGGGCGCAAAAUCAAGCUGCGGUAGAUGGAGCCUGUGCUCUUAGUAUCCUUGAGGAUUUGCGAUGUGUUGUCGCACGGAUAAUGUCCCAGUCCGACUUUGUCCAGUACAACCAAGAAAACAUAGCUAUGAAACAAGCCGAAGAAGAUAAGGUGCCGGUAUUUCUGUUCUCCGUCACAACAGAGGGCCCCCUGCACGAAAUAUGGGUGCACUACCGGGUCGGUGAGGCAUACCAUAUAACGUGUUGCCGCGCUUGGCGGACGACGCGAUGGGAGGAUGCAAGAGAGUUCGUGCAGACGUUGGCGAGGAUUGUGGAAUGGGGUAAGAGAGGGUUUAGGGAGGGUAUUCUUAAUAUACUGGGACAGAUUGAAGAGGCUGUGCUUGGAGGUGUUUUGACGAGGAUGGAUGAAAGUUUAGUAAUGAGCUAG